AGCGAAACAACGAUUGCUAGCAACCCGCGUAAUCUGGGAAGAAAUCGAAAAACUGAAGGAAAGAAAGAGAGAAGUGGGGGGAGGGGGGUAUUUCCUCGAUUCCCGACUUGCAACAAAACUGAACGAUCGAGCGUGAUUCUGACGGACAUUGCGAGACAAAAUGGAAAAUAGGAGACUGCAGAAGGAGUUGAUGUCUUUAAUACGCGAGCCUCCACCAGGUGUGCACGUAGAUGGAGAACUGGCUGGGCAGAAUUUGACACAGUGGAUCAUCCACAUGGAAGGUGCUAAAGGCACCCUAUACGAAGGGGAACAAUUUCAGCUCCAAUUUAAGUUCAGUUCUAAAUAUCCGUUUGACUCACCAGAAGUGACUUUCAUUGGUGGAAAUAUACCUAUACAUCCACAUGUCUACAGCAAUGGUCAUAUUUGUUUAUCCAUAUUAACAGAGGAUUGGUCUCCUGCUUUGAGUGUGCAAAGCAUCUGCCUGAGUAUCAUUUCCAUGCUAAGCAGCUGUAAAGAGAAGAAGAGACCACCUGACAAUACAUUUUAUGUGAAAACUUGCAACAAGAAUCCAAAAAAGACAAAAUGGUGGUAUCAUGAUGACAGUGUCUAAUAUUGAAGAUGGUGCAAAAAUCUUUGUCAGCUUGUCAACAUUGGAUUGUUGGACCAAGUGGGAUAACAUCCAAAUGGAACCUGAUGCAUUAAAUCAAUAGAAUUUUACAAUAUUAUAUAGUCAAUAUAACAAGAAAUUAGACACUUUUAAAAAAAGACACAAGGCUACAAUUUACUUAUUAUAAUUAUAGAAUUAAUGUAAACUGUACGAGUUGUUUAAUCAUAAAUUAUUGCAAUGUUGCUGAUAGUAAAGCGUAUUUAUAGUUACAUUGAAUUAUUAUCAGAUCAGUAAAUCAAUACUAAAACGAGAGGUAUUAUUUAUUAAUAUAGAUAAAGUUUUCUCUCUUGUUACUCCAAAUUUAAGGAGAUUGCUGAUGUAUGUUAAUAAAAUCAUUGAAUAAAUUUAGAAAUCAUAAAAUUAUAUGGUAAAUAUCUGCAUAUAUUAUAUAAUUGCUAUAUUCUAACGAUUUAGUUUCUGCUGUUUUUACCAAAAAUCAAAUAUUAAUUUAUAAUGAGCGAAUAAAUUGUAUAAAAACAAAUUUUACUUAAAAUUCAGUGAUAAAGACUACUUUAUUAUGCAUUAACUUCCUUUUACAAUAAUGUGAUUAAAAAUAACAUAGUUUUGCUUUUUAAAUAAGCUUUUUUUUAUUAAACUGUUGUUUUUAAUACAUUCCCAUUGCAUUUAUUUGUUUCUUUUAGGCUUCUUGAGGCUAUAUCACUUAGAUUAUAUCAAAACUGUGUAUUUAAUAAAGUACAUAUAUUUAAACAAUUACAGUGAGAAUUGAUAUAUAAUAACUCAUAUAUAUUAAACUUUUUAUCGAUAGCACUUACAAAAAAUAAAGUUGAUUUUUAUUUAAAUACAUAUGAAGAAACAUUUAUUGUCAUAAUACGUAAAAUCCUUCAAAAAAUUUGGAAGCUCUGUAAAAGUUCAAUAUAUAUACAAACAAAAUUCGUUAGCUAUUAUUCAACAUAAAAUAGGAUGUUAUUCAAAGUAAUAUAUAAUAUGUGAGAUUAAUUAAUGGCAUUGCAAUAUUAUUAAUAAAAUUGGCAUACAGUCUAAUGUUUCUAAAUUUUUGUGUCACAUAAUCUCUCAUUACUUAUAUUAGGUGGUAAAACUUUGUACAUUUAAAAAUGUAAAUGUUAAACGUGAUAUUAAAUUUCUUAAUAACA